UGUAACUUUGGAGGCUCAGUGAGCAAAAUAUUUUGUCCGUAGAGGAUAGGAAAGUUGAUGACAUUGAUUGACAUUUUUCCAACAAUUUCGGCUGCUGCUCAUGUUAGUGAACACAUAAGCGUUGAUCAACUAAUGCAAGGACACACUCCCUGGUUAUCUUCGGUCAUUCAUUAGGCCAGCUGACCCAUGGAGGACAGAACAGACAGUCCCACAGCUGUGAAGGUGGAGGAGCAUUCUCGUUGUUUCAUCCUGACUUACUUUCAUGGGGACAUCAACAGCAUGGUGGAUGCUCACUUCACCCGUGCUCUCAGCAAAGUCUGUAAAGCCAAGGCACCGGCAGCAAAGACAAAGACAAUUCGUAAAACUAUUAAAUUGGAGGAUACCAGCCACCAUCAGAGGAGUGCUCCUGACUGUUACUCAGAGUCACAGGUCCCUCCUGCAGCAGGACGUCUCCUUAACUUCAGCCCUGCAGACAACGCUCCUGGCUCCUGGAACUCGUUCACAACCAGGGCAGGAGAGGGCCUGGGGUUGCCGUCCAUUACCUACUCUCUGUCCCCAGAAGGGUUGAAUCUUACGGGACAGCAGUACACCACAUCCCUGCUCAACCUGCUGGAUAGUGACCGGGUUGAGAUGGGACCCAGCAUGGCCUCCAGCUCCAAGCCAAUACUGCAUUCCAGCUGGACGGUGCCUCAAGGAUAUAGAGACUCCGUGGACCCUGCUGUAGGCUUUGAACCUGGACGGCAUCUGGACAAGAAGGACUUGUACUGGUAUUGAAGAGAGAGUGGCUGGAGCAGCAGAGACAUGGAACAGCUUCAACUACACCACAUACGCCCGGCUUUCUGUUCAGAUCUCAGAUAAUCUUUUGUCAAACAGGCCUCACUGAAAGUCAUAUACACAGAAGAAACGCUGCAGCACUUCCUGUUUCAGUGAAAUGACCUCAGUACAUCAGCAUGUACUAACUGCAACAACUAUUUUGGAAGGGAACACUCUUUGACAAACCUGUUCUUCAACUCUGUCGCUCCUCUCAAAGAUUUCAAAGCACUGUAUAUGUUGGAUGAAGGGCAUUUUCUUGUGUUUUUAUCAGGCACUUCACUUAGUGGGCCUGCACCAGUAAAUAGACCAGCAUUACUGUAAGUCAAAGUGUGAACAUUUGUGAGUGUAUAAAUAUUGAUGCAAAUAUCUAUCUAGUUUACCCUAUAUAAGCUUGUGUUGCUUUGAGAAUAUUUCAUAUGUAAAAACAAAACAAAAUUAAGGAUUGUGAUAUUACGUUAAUGACUUAUUUCUGUAAUCUUAAACUUUUGUGGAAUGCACUGUACAAAAUUGGAAUCAUAACUUAAAUAAAUAUCUGAACAGACAA